AGAAAGCAAAAACCCUACAACCCAGAAAAGUCCUAUAUAAACUGAUAACCCUAAUUAGCGCCACCGCUACUGAGCAACACCAGCACCGUUUUUACACUCUCUGUUGUUGCAACUUUCCCCUUAACCUUCUCAUUCAUUCACUGAUUCUUCCGCACUCAAUCGAACCUUGCAAGGUGAGCAACGCCUGUAGAAGAUUCAGCUCCUCAAAGCUCUAUACAAGCUUCAUUUUUCCGAAUCAGAAGUCACAGGGGGUUCAUUUGGCGGAGCUACCAUGUCGGACGAUGAAAGGGAGGAGAAGGAGUUGGAUCUUACCUCUCCUGAAGUUGUCACUAAAUACAAGAGCGCCGCAGAGAUUGUUAACAAGGCUUUGCAGUUAGUUAUUUCGGAAUGUAAACCGAAGGCCAAGGUUGUGGACAUUUGCGAGAAAGGGGAUUCAUAUAUUAGAGAGCAAACUGGUAACAUGUACAAGAAUGUGAAGAAGAAGAUUGAGAGAGGUGUUGCCUUUCCAACAUGCUUAUCUAUCAACAACACUGUUUGUCACUUCUCUCCGCUCGCCAGUGAUGAAACAGUGUUGGAAGAAGGUGAUCUGCUGAAAAUUGAUAUGGCUUGUCAUAUUGAUGGGUUCAUUGCGGCUGUGGCUCACACUCACCUUGUUCAAGAAGGGCCAGUUACAGGACGGGCAGCUGAUGUCAUUGCGGCAGCAAACACUGCUGCUGAAGUGGCCUUGAGGCUUGUAAGGCCAGGAAAGAAUAACAAAGAUGUAACUGAUGCAAUUCAGAAGGUUGCUGCUGCCUAUGAUUCUAAGAUUGUUGAGGGUGUUCUUAGCCACCAAAUGAAGCAGUUUGUGAUUGAUGGGAAUAAGGUUGUGCUAAGUGCAUCUAAUCCAGACACGAGGGUUGAUGAUGCCGAGUUUGAGGAGAAUGAAGUUUAUGCAAUUGAUAUUGUAGCAAGCACUGGGGAAGGCAAGCCUAAGCUGUUGGAUGAGAAGCAGACUACUAUUUAUAAGAGGGCUGUUGACAAGAGCUAUCACUUGAAGAUGAAAGCAUCUAGGUUCAUUUUCAGCGAAAUAAACCAGAAGUUCCCUAUUAUGCCAUUUUCUGCUAGGGCUUUGGAAGAGAAGAGAGCUCGUCUGGGUUUGGUCGAAUGUGUGAAUCAUGAGCUCCUACAGCCUUAUCCUGUUCUGCAUGAAAAGCCUGGUGAUUACGUUGCACACAUCAAAUUCACGGUCUUGCUAAUGCCAAAUGGAUCAGAUCGUAUCACAUCACAUCCACUCCAGGAAUUGCAGCCUACAAAAACAGUUGAAGAUCCUGAGAUUAAGGCCUGGCUAGCACUGGGCACAAAGACGAAGAAGAAAGGUGGUGGAAAGAAGAAGAAAGGUAAGAAGGGGGCUGAAGCUGAGCCUGUGGAGUCAACAAAUGGUGCAACUCCACAAGAGCAAGAUUGAGUGUCCCUAAAAAUCUUUGAUUUCUCUUUUGGUCCCUUUCAAUUUUGGUACAUUUUUCACCUAGUUGUUGUAUCUGUUUGGAUGUGAAUUAACUAUACCAUUUGGAAGUCCAAUGUUAAUAGGAAUCUCCAUCUGCCGAUUACAAUGAUACUUGACCUGAAUGCUGCAGGCCUGAUUAAUCAUGAAUCACAAGGUGCCUGUUUUGUUGAGGGAUUUAUUUAAAAGGAAAAAAAAAAUCAAAUUUUAGAACUUUAUUUUA